AUGGGCAACAACGUUUCCUUGCAGAGGAAGCCAGUCUCGCCCAUCGCCGAACCGACUGACGAAAUCAUUGUCACGGACGAAGAACCCACCAACCUGUGCGUCAACUUCGGGGUCAUAGACGACGAGGAAUACGAGCUCUUAGCGUACGUGACACGCCAUCCGGCCUACAGCUGGCACGAAAAGUAUGAUGUCGUGUGGUCCGGCGAUCAGGGCAGACAGAACCCUGUGAUAGACCGAUCCGACCUCGAGGAGCACAAGGCAAACCACCCGGACAGCAAGAUGGUCAAAAUCGGGGACGAAUACUACCGUUAUGACGAAGUAAUCGUCACGUAUCAGAGACCUUGCGAAAUGGUCGUGGGCUUCAAGAUUCUCGAGCACGAGCGCGACGAGCUCUUGGCUUGGGUUACGAAGCAUCCGGCAUACAACUUUUACCAGACGACGUACAGAGACUUCGAAGAGCCCGACAGACGUGUCAAGAUCCUGACUCACGAAGAAUAUGGGCGAAAGUUGAUGGGCAGCAAAACGAAGCUGCUGGCAAGGCUGCCAGGAAGCGAAUGA